GGGCGCCCGCGGCCUCCGCACCCGGACCUGAGGUGUUGGUCGACUCCGGGCAUCAACGGUCGGGAGGGAGGGCUGAGCUUCUCGAUCCUUUACUUUUCCUCCUCAAAGUCUACCUGCAACUGCCCCUAAGAAGAAAACCAAGUUUGUGCGUGGAGAGUGGGGCGGCAGGCAACCCGAGCCCUUGAGCUCCGGAGCGACCCAAAGCAGCAACUAGGAAUAGCCUCAGGAAAGGGAGGUCGGGUGGAGUGGGCUUUGGCACAGGAGUCCUGGGGCCCGGGCCCCGGGGGCGACCUGGCGCGCCCGGCCCUGCUGAACACUGAGUUGCGCCUAGUCGGGUUUUCGAAGAGGCCCUUGCGCUGAGCGACCCACGCGCGCGGCAGCAUCUUCGAUUAGUCAGGACAUCCCAGUAAUUGCUUGAGCUGUAGGAGCCAUUCCGUAGUGCCAUCCCGAGCAACGCACUGCUGCAGAUUCCCUGAGCCUUUCCAGCAAGUUUGUUCAAGAUUGGCUGUCAAGAAUCAUGGACUGUUAUUAUAUGCCUUGUUUUCUGUCAAGACACCAUGAUUCCUGGUAACCGAAUGCUGAUGGUCGUUUUAUUAUGCCAAGUCCUGCUAGGAGGCGCGAGCCAUGCUAGUUUGAUACCUGAGACGGGGAAGAAAAAAGUCGCCGAGAUUCAGGGCCACGCGGGAGGACGCCGCUCAGGGCAGAGCCAUGAGCUCCUGCGGGACUUCGAGGCGACACUUCUGCAGAUGUUUGGGCUGCGCCGCCGCCCGCAGCCUAGCAAGAGUGCAGUCAUUCCGGAUUACAUGCGGGAUCUUUACCGGCUUCAGUCUGGGGAGGAGGAGGAAGAGCAGAUCCACAGCACUGGUCUGGAGUAUCCUGAGCGCCCGGCCAGCCGGGCCAACACCGUGAGGAGCUUCCACCACGAAGAACAUCUGGAGAACAUCCCAGGGACCAGUGAAAACUCUGCUUUUCGUUUCCUCUUUAACCUCAGCAGCAUCCCUGAGAACGAGGUGAUCUCCUCUGCAGAGCUUCGGCUCUUCCGGGAGCAGGUGGACCAGGGCCCUGAUUGGGAACAGGGCUUCCACCGUAUAAACAUUUAUGAGGUUAUGAAGCCCCCAGCAGAAGCGGUGCCUGAGCACCUCAUCACACGACUACUGGACACGAGACUGGUCCACCACAAUGUGACACGGUGGGAAACUUUUGAUGUGAGCCCUGCGGUCCUUCGCUGGACCGGGGAGAAGCAGCCAAACUAUGGGCUAGCCAUUGAGGUGACUCACCUCCAUCAGACUCGGACCCACCAGGGCCAGCAUGUCAGGAUUAGCCGAUCGUUACCUCAAGGGAGUGGGAAUUGGGCCCAGCUCCGGCCCCUCCUGGUCACCUUUGGCCAUGAUGGCCGGGGCCAUGCCUUGACCCGACGCCGGAGGGCCAAGCGUAGCCCUAAGCAUCACCCACAGCGGGCCCGGAAGAAGAAUAAGAACUGCCGGCGCCACUCGCUCUAUGUGGACUUCAGCGAUGUGGGCUGGAAUGACUGGAUUGUGGCCCCACCAGGCUACCAGGCCUUCUACUGCCAUGGGGACUGCCCCUUUCCACUGGCUGACCACCUCAACUCAACCAACCAUGCCAUUGUGCAGACCCUGGUCAAUUCUGUCAAUUCCAGUAUCCCCAAAGCCUGUUGUGUGCCCACUGAACUGAGUGCCAUCUCCAUGCUGUACCUGGAUGAGUAUGAUAAGGUGGUACUGAAAAAUUAUCAGGAGAUGGUAGUAGAGGGAUGUGGGUGCCGCUGAGAUCAGGCAGUCCUUGAGGAUAGACGGACAGAUAUACACACCACACACACACACACACACACACACACACACGUUCCCAUCCACUCACCCAUACACUACACAGACUGCUUCCUUAUAGCUGGACUUUUAUUUAAAAAAAAAAAAAAAAAAAAGGAAAAAAUCCCUAAACAUUCACCUUGACCUUAUUUAUGACUUUACGUGCAAAUGUUUUGACCAUAUUGAUCAUAUAUUUUGACAAAAUAUAUUUAUAACUACGUAUUAAAAGAAAAAAAUAAAAUGAGUCAUUAUUUUAAAGGUAAA